AUGGACAGGGAGAGCGUGAGAAGCCCCCUCUCCGUGCCGAUGGCCUCCAUGCUGUCGUCCGUGUCGGCGUCCGUGGAGGCAGAGGAUCGGCAGAACAGCCUGAAGGACGAGGAGUCGGUCCGCCUCAGCGGCACUCUCGCGCAGGCGCUGAGCCUGCGGGGCGUGACUGACGCCGGCGGCGAGGUGCGGGGUGCGCACAGCUUGGCCGGUGGUCGCUUUGCCCUGGGUGCCGAUGAGCACCCCGGCAGCGCGCCGCCCAGCCUCUCGCUGGGGCCACCGAGGAAGAGGCCGCGGGUGCCGAGCGGCCACGGCGGGGCCGCGAAGGCGGCGGGCGAGGAGCGGCCCGUGCGGCCCAGGGACGUGAUCGCGGCGACUCGGGGCUCCUCGAGGGGCUCCUCGCCGAGCACUCCUACCAGGCCGUGCAGCGCCUGUGCCGGCACCUCUGCGACCUGCGCCAGCAGGGGAUCGCCGCAGCGCCGCCCGAGGCGGAGGUCGACGCCGCCUGGCGCACCGCGGCGCGGAGCGCGCGGGAGUACGAGCAGGUCUGCCUGA